CGAGAUCUCUACUUCUUCCAGUAUCCCAAAACCCUAGAUCCCGAUAACAAGGACCAACGAUGGCGGAGGAGAAGAAACCGAUACAGAGAUUGCGUCAUCGAGCGAUGGUGUUGGAGUCCAUGUAUCCGGUCAUCGCUUUAAUGCUCAUCCUCGUCGCCUGCGUCGAGCUCUGUGAUGCCGCCACCGUCGUUGACGUAUACCGUCUCAUUCAGUACGACAUCUCCGGUGUCCCCUUUGGCUCCCGAUUUGCUUCGCUCAACCACCACGCCGCCUCUCUCAGCUUCCAGCGCGGCGCUGAUCUCUCCCGCUCCGUUCUCCUCGUCCCGUUCCGGGAGCUCGACGUGGGGUUCGUCCGAGAUUACAUUUCUCAAAAGCAGUCACUUGGGGGAUUGUUAAUUUUGCUUCCUCAGACGUUUAGCCCUGAAACUAGUGGCAGUAGCAGUCAGUUCUUUGAAACAGAGGGGUUCAGGAAAUUGUUAGCUGAACUCGAGAAGUUACUCAUACAUGGCAGCAUAGCUUAUCCAGUGUACUUUGCAUUUGAGAAUGAAGAGACUGAUGCUGUGUUGGCCGAUGUAGUAAAGAAUGAUGCACUUGGUCAGCAUGCUACUGCAACUACUGGAGGAUAUAAGCUUGUUAUCUCUGUACCGGAGCCCAAGAAAAUCGUGUCUCCCACAAUCACAAAUAUUCAGGGAUGGUUACCAGGAUCAAAAGCAGAUGGAGAUUCCAGUCAGCUUCCGACAAUUGCUGUAGUUGCAUCAUAUGAUACGUUUGGAGCUGCUCCUGCAUUAUCAGUUGGAAGUGACAGCAAUGGCAGUGGUGUUGUGGUGCUUCUUGAAAUAGCGAGAUUGUUUUCUAUUCUUUACUCGAACCCUAAAACGAGAGGGAGAUACAAUCUACUCUUUGCAUUGACAUCUGGUGGACCAUACAACUAUGAUGGAACACGAAAGUGGCUGAAGAGCCUUGAUCAGAGGAUGCGUGAAAGUAUUGAUUAUGCCAUAUGCUUAAACAGUAUUGGUUCUUGGGACAAUGAAUUGUUGCUCCAUGUGUCAAAGCCUCCAGAAAACGCCUAUGUAAAACAGAUUUUCGAGGGUUUCUCUAAUGUAGCUGAAGAGUUGGGUUUUGAAGUUGGUCUGAAACACAAGAAGAUUAACAUCUCUAAUCCCCGAGUAGCUUGGGAACAUGAACAGUUUUCAAGACUCAGGGUAACUGCUGCCACUCUCUCCGAACUUUCUGCUCCACCUGACUUGCUGGAAAACACUGGAGGACUGUUUGACACAAGGCAUUUCGUGAAUGAAGAGGCCGUUGUUAAGGGUGCCAAAUUGGUGGCUGAAAGCCUUGCGAGGCAUAUAUAUGGUCACCAAGGGAAAGACAUUCAGAUUUUUGCUGACGACAGUAGUUUAGCUGUAAAUCCCUUUUAUGUCAGAUCGUGGUUGGAUCUUUUGUCGCAAACCCCUAGGGUGGCACCGUUUCUCUCGAAGAACGAGCCAUUAAUCAUGGCUCUGAAGAAGGAAUUAGAGGAUCACACUGCAGAAAUUAGUGUACAACAUGAUUCAUUAGAAGAGACUUUCACCUUUUACGACUCAACAAAGGCCAAACUCAACAUAUACCAGGUGGCGAGUGUAACAUUCGACUUGUUGCUGCUGCUGGGGCUAGGAUCUUACUUGAUAGUGCUUUUCUGUUUCCUCGUCCUCACAACUCGGGGUCUGGACGAUUUGAUAAGCUUCUUUCGCCGACCUCCUUCACGAAAAGUCAAAAUGGCUUAAACCCAACCCCCAACGGUAACUUAACUCUCUCUCCUCGCUGGUUCUGGUUGUGAGCUUUUCCAUUGCUAUAUAUAUGUAUUUAUAUAUGUAGCUUUCUCUUUUGUUUUUGGGUUAUUUAUUUAAUUUUGUAACACUGGCGUUGUCGUGUGGGGACUUUUUGAAACGUAAAGAGGAUUGAGGAUGAGAGGAGGCAUAUGAUAUGAUAUGAGCGUUCAAAGGUAGAAGAAAUUUUGGCCUUUCUUACACUUGUUGUAUCUGUUGGUACCCCCCCUCGUUCCCUCCCGCUCUCUCUCUUGUUAUUCGAGGAAACCAUCAUCCAACUUUAGAGUGUUUUCUAAAUAAAUUAUAAAAAAUUAUUUAUUUCCUCCCA